AUGACCAGUUUAGCUGCUGUUCUCUCCAGCGUGGCUCAGGCCAGCCCUGGUCGCUCGGUUGUAGCUGCGGCCUUCUUGGCUGUUGGCUUCCACACGGCGAUUCAGAGCGUUGAAUUCGAGCUCUACAUGUUUCCGUUCCUUGCGGUGUCAUCCUCCUCUUGGCCCCUACUCUCCGGACUGUAUCUCACCUUCGGCGAUAAUUCAACGCUUGGCGCAUGGGGCAAAGCUGCCCUGGUCGCCGCGAGCUUCCACGGCAGUCUACUCACCAGCAUUGCUACCUACCGCCUCUUCUUCCACAGAUGUCGCAAGUUCCCCGGCCCGGUCGGCGCCCGGCUCAGCCGAUUUUACGCAACAUACUUGUCUACAAAGAGCGUCCAGUAUCACAAGGAGCUGGAGAAGAUGAUGUUAGAAUACGGAGACUUUGUCCGAACUGGCCCACGCGAAGUUACUAUCUUGCGCAGGUCGGCCGUCGACCUCAUUUACGGGCCAAAGUCCGAGUGCCGCAAGGCGUCGUGGUAUGGGCAGACGGGCAAUGAUCUCCAGAAGGUAUCACUGCACAUGUGUCGAGACGCGAAUGCUCAUCGGCAACGGAGAAAGGCUUGGGACAAGGCCCUGUCGGUCAAAUCACUCAACUCCUACGAACCACAGAUCAAGUCCCAUGUUGAUGCACUGGUCCGCCAGCUUCACGCACGUGGCGAGACUGGGCUCAACGUCACUGACUGGGCAAUGUACUUUUCCUUUGAUCUCAUUGGCCAGGUCGGUUUCAGCAAAGACUUCGGACAGCUUGGCAAGGGUGAAGAGCAUUCCGCCAUCCGCCCCAUCCACGCGCACAUCAAGCUGCUGGGCAUCUUCCAGACAGUACCAUGGAUGCUCUACCUCCUGAGCAGCAUCCCAGGAGCAGCCUCUGCGUACUCGGAGAUCUUCGGCUUCUGUGCCAACGAGAUGCGAGCGAAACGAAAGACGGUAGAGAAAGACGAAGCACCAAGAGACAUUGCCUCUUGGCUUUGCAAGGCCUUUGUGGAGAAAGACAUAACUGCAGCGCCGUCAGCGGAGGCGCUCGAGGAUGAUUCAAGAAUCCUCCUUCUAGCUGGAAGUGACACGACAGCAACAGUUCUCAGUCAAUCCCUCUACCACCUCGUCAAAUAUCCGCACGAACAACGCAAACUCCAAGCCCUCCUCGACGAGGCGAUCCCGGGCGGCCCCGACGACUGGACAUUUGAGAAGGCUCGCUCUGUGGCGCACUUGGACCACUUCAUCUCAGAGACCAUGCGACUCAACCCUGCGCUCAUGAUUGCCGGACCCCGCGAGACACCGGCCGGGGGGCUGCAGAUCGACGAAGUGCACAUUCCUGGCGGUGUCAAUGUGCUGGUUCCCUCGGGCCAGAUCCAUCGCGACCCGCGAUACUGGGUGCAGGCCGACGAGUUCUUGCCUGAGAGGUGGGGAGAUCGGCGCGAGCAGAUGGGGACGGACCAGAGCCCGUAUCUACCAUUUCUUCUUGGACCCUACAUAUGCCCUGGUAGAUAUCUGGCUCGGCACAGCGUUCGUGCCGCACUAUCCAUCAUCCUUCUCAAUUUCGACGUCUCUUUCGCCCCUGGCGAGACUGGCGAAUCUUUCGAGAAUGAUGUCCUUGACACAUUUGUCGUGACACUGUCACCGCUUCGACUUUGCUUUACCCCACGUGUAGAGCGGAGGUAA